AUGAUCCUAAAAGUUUUAGAAUUUAUCAUAUUAUCGGUUUAUAUUAUAUCAAGUGUAAAUGCGCUCUGGCCUCUUCCUCAAUACUGGGAAAAAGGUUCAAAAACCCUCUCAAUCUCUCCAGAUUUUUCACUAAAACAAGCUCCUGAAACUGAUUCCUUACUCCAUACCAAAACAAAAAAAAUUCUUGAAUCUGCUAAAAAGCGCUUUCUAAAGUCCAUAACAUUCGAAAAUUAUACCGCACCAAAUGUUAAUCCUAUCGUUCCAGAAAGCAUAGACAAAUCAAACACGCUAAGUGUUCUGAUCAUUUCAAUUACUACUGAUAUUUCAGAAUUAGAAUUAGGU